CCUAGUUGUGGGUUAAUAAAAUUACAUACUGCAUUUAGAAAAAUCUCUAGCUGCUAUACUUUAUUAUUCAGCUCUAUACUAAAAUGGCACAAAUUAGACCUCAUGAUGAUACUGACGACGCUAUGAAAAGACUUGGCAAUUUAGACGAAAUAAUUGUAAAACAGCAUCUGAUGAACUUUGAUGUAAAAGGGUACAAGUUUAGUAUUUGUGAUUCACAAAAUCAACAAAUUAUGGAAGCAGUAGAAGAAAGCGAUGAUUCCAGUAGUUGCUGGAGAUUGUGUUGCAGCAGAACAAGGCCUUUAGUGCUACGAAUAAAUAAUAAUGACCAUAAAACUCUUAUGGAACUAAAAAGACCUUAUCGUUGUUCUGGUCCACUCUGCUGCUGUCUACAGUUUUUGUCAUUGAAGAGUCCAAGUGGAUUCAAGCUUGGAGAAAUAAAACAAAACAUGGGGAACAACCAGUCGUUUGCAGUAAGAUAUGGAUCUGGAACCGAAGUUUUUACAUUGAUAAAAGAUGAAUCUUCGAAUACAUUCAAGAUCAAAACAAAGGAAAAAGACGUUGGAAUCCUUCAAGAUCUGUCGCAUGCUUUUACAGAGGAAAACAAAAGUGGAACAACUAAUGAAUUUAAAUUGAGUUUUUCAGAAAAACUGUCCGUAUCGGAAAAGGCACUGAUUCUGUCGGCUGCAUUCCUUAUUGAUAUGUUCUAUAUGGAUAAUGGUCUGUUAAGAACAUAUAACACAAACACGAUGACUGGAGAAACUAUUGAAAUUGAGUUUUAUAACUGUAAAUACACCUUUACAAGAUGGGGUCCUGGAUUCUAUGAACAAGUAUUAAUAAAUAUUUUGUUCUAAUUUUCGAACACUUUUAAUAUGGUGUGUGUUUUGUUUUAUACAUGGCUAUCAUGUUUGAUUGAUCCUGAUUUUACAAAUUAUCAACCACUUUUAAAGCUAAAACAACUUUUAAAUCCUAAAUCUGAGCUUUUGACAGAAAUUGGUGUCUUUAUAAAGCAAUCAUUAGAAUUGCGAAAAUGAGGUCCAUGUCCAUCAAAGGCUACAUUAAUUACCAUUUAUAACUAUGUUUUUUUUAUGUUUAUAUUUGUAAUUCUUCACUGUCUGUAUUAAAUGUUGUAUUUGUGUUUGCUUGACCCAUAUGGGUGUAUUUUUGCAAAUAAAAUUAUUAUUA